UGUUGUCUUUAGGUUAUGCCAGAAUCUUUAGAAUUACCAGCGGAAUAUGCGCGUUACCACCGACUACUUACAAUUGGGAAUUUUACUGCUAGCUUAUCGUCCCAGCAUCAAAAGGCUCUAGGCAGAUUCCAGAAGAGACUACCCAGAGUGCCGCUGGACCGGAGACCAAAAAGGAGCUGGAGAGAGUGGAGGCGGAACUGGAGCAAGAUAGGCAACCCCCCCCCAAGGGAAGCCCCACCCUACUGCGGAAGUGCAGUGAGUGCCCUUUCACAACGGGGCAACACUCGGGUGGGGGCGGGAUGCUCAGGGGGGAAACCGGUGAAUGCCAUCUGUGAUGAACUCUCAUGAAGCUGCACACGGGAGCUGACGUCCACAGUCGGCAGGAGACACCACUGCAGACCAAGGACAGUAGAGGAGCAGGGUCUUCUUCAAACACUGGAGACUUACCCUCCCCCUGACCGAAAUAACAUCCCACAUCAGUCACCAGCAAUGUCCAGUCGCAGGAAAUCCUUCACCCCCUGCAUGAUCCGGGUUAGUGACAUAAUAGAGCAGGAUGACUCUGACGAAAUGGAAGUGUCCACUGCCAAUGUGACUAAAAAUGGGUCUUCAGAGUCUGUGGAAAAUCAAGACCAUACAUUACAAGGCACUAUAGAAGAUCUAGGAAGUGCGAUUGAAGCAAAAGUUGUGGCGGAAGCUGAUCCUAUGCCCCAGCUGAGGCAGCAUGGAGGUUAUGAGUGCAAAUACUGUCCUUUCUCCACUCAGAACCUCAACGACUUCAAAGAGCACGUAGACUCCAGUCACCCCAAUGUCAUACUCAACCCCCUCUACCUGUGUGCCGUGUGCAACUUCAGCACCAAAAAGUUUGACUCUCUUACAGACCACAAUGAGACCCAACACCCUGGAGAGACCAACUUCAAGUUCAAGAGGGUAAAAGUAAAUAACCAGACUAUCUUGGAGCAGACAAUCGAAGGCAAGACCAAUUCAGUUCUCUGCAAUACUGUAGACGGACAAGGUGGUAACGGCUUUGUCACUUUUCCACCGAGCAAACCAAUUACGGUGAAUAUCGGAAAGCCAAACAUGGACAACAUACCCUCUACAUACCCUCUACAACAUACAACAUACCCUCUAAAAUCCCUCUACCAAGGGAAUGAUUUGGAGAAGAGGUUGGAAAACUUUAUCCCAAAAGAUCAAAUCACAGCUGUGAACAUAAACGGCACAAUGAUCAUCCCUGAACCAACAAUCAUUCAAGGGCUCUCGUAUGUAAUGCCAUUGCUUCAAAGACCACCCAAUUUGUGUUCUGUACCAACAAUUGCUGUUCCUCUGAACUCCACCAAAUAUAAUCCUUCACUGGACAAUAACACAACCCUAAUGACAUCUUUUAACAAAUUCCCUUACCCAACCCAUGCUGAGCUGUCCUGGCUAACUGCUGCGUCCAAACACCCAGAGGAGCAAAUAAAGGUGUGGUUCACUACCCAACGGCUAAAGCAAGGCAUCACCUGGUCACCAGAGGAAGUCGAGGAAGCCAGGAAGAAAAUGUUUAAUGGCUCCAUCCCACCCAUACAUCAGACCUUCACCGUUCUGCCUACCCCAAUCUCUCAGCCUGCCAAAGCCACCCAGUCCCUUAUUCAGACUAGCUUUGGGCAGUCUAAUCUAGUACUGACAAGUAUUGCUAAUGGCUCAACCAUGACCUGUGCUCCUGUUGCAGUGACUGUAGCCAGUUAUGUGCAACCUCUCAAGCGACCCCUGACAACUUCCUCAUUCGCCCCAGAAUUAAAGCGCCCCAUGGCGGCCCCUGCAGAAGACCCAAAGGAGAAGAUACUAAUGGCCCCUCCUCCAGUUCCACAAAAAGAGAGACUUCCCAUGGCCCCACCCCGAGUGCCCCCAGAAUUAAAGCGAUCUCUAGCACUUCCUAUUAUCGCCUCGGAGAUGAAAAGGUCCUCGGCAGCACCUCUCAUGGCUUCUAAAGGAAAACUGCRCUUGGCCACUCCACUUGUGAACCCCAAAAACCAGCUGCCAAUGGCACCUUCUCCAAUCUUCCCUAAAAUGAAGAGYCCUAUUGUCACCCCUCAAUUCAAAAGUUACAUGCUGCCUCCUCCUUCAUUCGUUUCCAAAGACAAACUUCCAAUCACCCACUCUCUAUUGGCUUCAGACUUAAAGUUACCAAUCUCACCCCCUCUCAUUGCCCCUCAAGUGAGGAGGCCAACAAUAAUUCAGUCAGUGUGGACUCCCCUCAAGGGCCCAUUCCAACUCCCUAGCUUUUCCCAAGACGGCAAGAAAACAAAAACGCAAAUAACAGAGAUGAAGGCCGGAUAUGUCAGAGGACGUCUCUCUGAGGACAAAGUGCUCACCCCUCUUGGGGAAGCCAAUGGUGUCUCUCGUGGGGAUGCAAAGUGGGUUCAUGACCAAGGGCCUCAUGCACAGAACGGCAUUCUACAGUUGUACAACGAGCUAGCAUCGAAACCAGAACAGCAAAAAUCAGUACAGACUCAAUUUCCACUCUUGGAGAGAAUGAAAGGGAAGACUUCUGAGCAGUUGAAGAUUCUAGAAGAGAACUUCCAGAGAAACAGCUCUCCAACAUACAAUGACGUUGACAAUCUAGUGACUGCAACCCAACUGUCGCGGGAGGAAAUUGACAGCUGGUUUUUAGAGCGGCGGGCGCUGCGUGACAACCUUGAACAAGCUCUUCUAAACUCCAUGGGCUCAAAGAGACUCAACGUUGAUAAACGUCAGCAACAACACGGACCGCUGAAUGGUGUGCGCAAGCAAGGUGGCCAUCCAAGAAGCUCUCCCUUUGCCAUCAUUGCCCCCACCACCACUUGCUCAGUGCCUCUAGACAGCAAAUCCUUGGCUCUUCUCAAGGAUGUUUUUGCACAAACUCGGUGGCCUUCCCCUGAAGAAUACAAUCAGCUUGAGGCCCAGACAGGCCUGGCUCGCACAGAAAUCGUCCGCUGGUUCAAGGACAGUAGGUCAGCACUGAAGAGUGGGACCUUGGAGUGGAUGGAGUUUUUCCAUAAACUGAACAGCAGUGGGCAAAAUGGCGAGGGGGCGCUACUGAGCACAGAGAAUGCUUUCAGCAUAAUCCAGCGCUACCAGGAAGUAAAGGCACCCAAGGUGGAGGAUAUUGGGAGGCUAACGGAGCAUGCCAGUCUUAGCAGCCAGGAGAUCAAGGAAUGGUUUGCCAGCAAAUUGAGACAAAACACAUCUGAUAUCAGCCAGAAUUGUGGCCAAAAUGGAGGCUCUCGAGAGGGGUUCGGGAGCUGGAUGGAGGAAACCAAGGGGAUGGAUGCACGCAUGGGUGCUAAGGAGCUGGUCUCGGACAAAGACAGGAUGAUGGAGGAUGCUUCUGGAAGGGUGACUGGAUAAAGGGUGAGAACAGUUGCCACUGUCAGUUGCACACAGGAGCUGAAAAGGAAAGAGUUUAAUUAUUGAAUAUUGUAUUUUCUGAACAAAUAAUUUCUUGCUUGUUCCAUCCCAGUUUGUGCCCAACAUUUCCUCAAGGUUGAGUUAACUUUGUAGAACGU